AUGAAGGUUCUAACGGCUUUCAAAGGCUUUAAGAAGAAGUCAUGGCUUAUUGUUCUUGCAACUAUAUGCUUCUUAUGGCUGUGCUAUUGGAUGCCUAAUUUAAACCAUACCUUAUCCUACUCAUACACGAUUAGGCAGAUGAGCAAAGACAUCGAACUCAGCAUUAUGGGAAGAGUUCCUGCAGCUGAAGGGAAUCAAAGCUAUAAUCAGAAAUCUCAACAGCAAGAUCUUUGCUUGGGCCGGUAUAUUUACAUGCAUGAUCUCCCUCCCAGAUUCAAUCGGGAUCUAGUAACGAAAUGUGAGACACUCAGAAAAGAGUUCAAUUUCUGCCGAUAUGUGGAAAAUGAUGGGUUUGGGUCUCAGCUCACCAUAAAUGACAGUGCAGAAAAUAUGAUGUCAAGGGAAAGUUGGUAUGCAACUCACCAGUUUAUCUUGGAGAUGAUAUUCCAUAGGAGGAUGAAGCAAUAUGAGUGCCUAACACCCAACUCUUCCUUGGCAUCUGCAAUCUAUGCACCCUUUUACCCUGGUUUAGAAGUAAGCCGGUAUCUAUGGGGUGGGUUUAGCUCGUCAGUGAAAGACGCAGGAGCCCUGGAUUUCACCACCUGGCUGAAGGGAAGACCUGAAUGGGAGCACAUGUCUGGGUGGGACCACUUUUUUGUGACUGGAAGGCUAACUUGGGAUUUCAGGAGACCAACCUACAUGGGUCCAGAUUGGGGUAGCAAGCUCAUGAAGUUGCCCGAAACCAGAAACAUGACUCUGCUGACAGUAGAUUCUUCCCCUUAUGCCUACAAUGACUUUGCAGUCCCAUACCCUUCCUAUUUUCACCCCUCCCAUGACAAUGAGGUGUUGCAGUGGCAAGAGUGGGUGAGGAAGGCGAAAAGAUCUUACCUUUCUGCGUUUGCAGGAGCCCCACGCCCUAAUAUCACGACCUCAAUCCGAGGGGAGCUAAUCAGUCAGUGUAAGAAUGCCUCGACAAAUCAUUGCAAACUGGUUAGCUGUGCACCCAAUGAUAAAGUCAACUGUAAUAGCCCGGAUUAUAUCAUCAAGGCUUUUAUGAUGUCUGAUUUCUGUCUGCAGCCUCCUGGGGAUUCAGGCACAAGGCGUUCCACUUUUGAUGCUAUCUUGGCUGGCUGUAUUCCUGUUUUCUUUCACCCAGGAUCAGCUUAUACCCAAUACUUUUGGCAUUUGCCUAAGAAUUACACAAGCUAUUCAGUUUUCAUACCACAAGAGGGGAUUAAAAAUGGAACUGUAAGUGUUGUGGAGAUUCUACUGCAGAUUCCACAAAAUGUUGUCACAGCUAUGAGAGAAAUGGUUAUAGGGCUGAUUCCAAACAUCAUAUACGCGCGCAAUAAGUUGACAACAACUGAAGAUGCAUUUGAUAUUACUAUCAACGGAAUUCUCCAGAGGAUUGAAGAUUUCAGGGGAGAUAUUCAAGAAGGAAAAGACCCGAGAAGCAAAUUCCCGGAGAACUCUUUUUGGAAGUAUUACUUGACAGGAAAAUUAGAAAAACACGAGUGGGAUUCUUACUUCAGAAGAAAGCAGUAA